UCAACUCAGGCAUGGAAGUCCUAUGCUUCAUUGAAACAACCAAAGGACGACAAUGUCGAAGAAGGAGAGAAGUAUAUACAGCUUUUGGAGAGAGCUCUUCUGGCGGACUCCAAUAAACCCAAUUGGAGCAAAGAUGUUGAAUCAUGCUGUUCGGUGCUGUCGUCUGCAGUUGAGCUAGCUUCGGAACGUCUGCGAUUUGCAGCUCUCAAAGGAGAUGACGCUGUGAAACAGGCAAAAUCUCGCAUACGGAUGUCGCUGAAACCAUUGGUUACAAUAGCCAGGAGGGAGUACGGUAGCCAAAACAAAGAGAAUAUGAACGAAAAGUGGAAAAGCGUCGAGGAUUGUCUUGCUAAGGCGGAUAGUAUGUUGCAAGAAGUUUCUUUAUAG